UGAGGCUGAGGGUUUACUGGCUGACGUAAAUGGAGUGUGUGAUGUAGCGCGCGCGCACACACACACACACACCUGAUAACAUUAUACCGCUGAAAGCUGUAGAAGCACCAGUCAGUAAUUUUGUUUGAAACAAACUGCUUUUAUUGUUUAGUUCUAUCCGGUGUAUGCUGAUGGAGUGAUGCUGUAGUAUUAGCAGUAGCAAUAGCCAAGGUGCCUCUUCCAGUAGCUGUGUUGCAUCUGCUCCUGCCCCACCCAAAUCUGUUUCCCCUUCCUUCUGGAGCUUCAACAGUAUAGCCAUGGUGGAUGUAAACAAAUGGCCCCUAUUCAGCUUAAUGAGUGCACAGGAUGUCGCCUCAAUACGUCAGGCGUGCGUGUUCGGGACGUCCGCCAACGAGGCAAUCUGCAUCACCCAUGAUAACGAGGUGUAUGUGUUUGGGCUGAACUGCAGUAACUGCUUGGGCACAGGGGAUAGCACAAGCACCAUCGUCCCUAAAAAGCUAGACUGUCUGAGUGGGAAGAAGGUAGUCAGUCUAAGCUAUGGCAGUGGGCCACAUGUGCUGCUCGCUACAGAGGAGGGCCAGCUGUACGGGUGGGGACAUAACGGAUACAGUCAGCUGGGUAAUGGGACUACCAAUCAGGGAGUGUCUCCUGUGCUUGUGUCCACUAACCUGCAGAACAAGAGGGUGAUUGAGGUGGCAUGUGGAUCACACCAUUCAGUCGCCCUGACCCAUGAUGGAGAGGUGUUCGCUUGGGGCUAUAAUAACUGCGGUCAAGUGGGAUCAGGAUCCACAGCCAACCAGCCCACACCACGCAGGGUCUCCAGCUGCCUCCUUAACAAAGUAGUGGUCAGCAUAGCCUGUGGUCAGACUUCCUCCAUGGCAGUCACGGACAACGGCGAGGUGUAUGGUUGGGGUUAUAAUGGUAAUGGACAGCUUGGGUUGGGGAACAAUGGAAAUCAGCUGACACCGUGCCGUCUAGCAGCGCUACAGAGUGUUUGCGUCCUACAGGUUGCCUGUGGUUAUGCCCACUCACUGGCACUAACAGACGAAGGACUGUUGUAUGCGUGGGGGGCCAACACUUAUGGCCAGCUUGGUACAGGCAACAAGAGCAAUCAGCUCAGCCCAGUUCAGGUCAUGUCUGAGAAAGAGCGGAUUGUGGAAAUAGCAGCAUGUCACUCCACACACACUUCAGCAGCGAAGACACAGAGUGGCAAAGUGUAUAUGUGGGGCCAGUGCAGAGGCCAGUCCGUCGUCUUACCCCACCCCACGUACUUCAGCUGCACCGACGACGUCUUCGCCUGCUUCGCAACACCAUCUGUCAUGUGGAGACUCCUGUCCAUGGAGCACGAUGAUUUCCUGUCUGUGGCCGAGUCUCUGAGGAAAGAGUUUGACAGCCCUGAGACCUCAGACCUCAAAUUCAGCAUAGACGGCAAAUUCAUUCACGUCCACAAAGCAGUGCUUAAAAUCAGAUGUGAACACUUCAGAUCCAUGUUUCAGUCUCACUGGAAUGAAGAUAUGAAAGAGGUGAUUGAGAUCGAUCAGUUCUCCUACCCUGUCUACAGAUCCUUCCUCGAGUUCCUCUACACAGACACUGUAGAUCUUCCUCCAGAGGAUGCGAUUGGAUUGCUGGAUCUGGCCACUUCAUACUGUGAGAACAGGCUAAAGCGGCUGUGUCAGCACAUCAUAAAGCGGGGCAUCACUGUGGAAAAUGCUUUCUCCCUCCUUUCUGCUGCAGUCAGAUACGAUGCUGAGGAUCUUGAAGAAUUCUGCUUCAAGUUUUGUGUGAACCACCUGACCGCGGUGACUCAGACAGCAGCGUUCUGGCAGAUCGACGGGAACAUGCUGAAGGAGUUUAUCUGUAGAGCCAGCCGCUGUGGCGCUUUUAAAAACUGAACAUAACCAACAGAGCUACAUAUUCCAAUGAGUGCAGCUGUUACUACAAACUCAUCUGCACCACUAGAGGGCACUGUUACUAACCGCACAGUGGAUCCUUAUAUUUUUUUGUUUGGUUUUAUUUUGCUUUAUUACAGAUUUCUACUAUGGACCAACUGGAGAAUGGUUGCUGUUGUGCAUUCCCACGGCAUGAAGGAGUUUUUAUGAAGGCUGUUUGAAAUCAUCUUGAUAGGUGCUCUGUAUGAAUAUCGAGAAAAUGACUAGUUUUUCCACUACACUUUACAGCACUUGGUUUGUGUAUACCAGUUAGGUCAUCUUCACCUCUGUUACAGUUAGAGAAGCGCAGUCCGUCAGUGCUACUCUGUUUAACUCUAUAAUCCAUUCUGGCAUUUCAAUUUAAUUUACAGCUGGCGGUGUAGAGUCGCAGUAAUGUUCUCACACAUUUGCUGGCCUUGUUCGGCUUGUUUGUACUGUGGUGGCAACUGAAUAACACUUUAUUAUAAAUUUUUUGUUUUUGUAACAAUGUUUAGAUCAAGUUGGUAUACUAUGCAUCGUUGCACAAAAUUUUUUGCCCCUCAUUCCAAUUGGCAGAGCCAGGGUUUACAUUACUGGGGAGAUUAAUGGGUGUUUUCUCUCCUGAUUUGGUGCAGCUUACUUAUUCAUUUCAUAUAUUAUAAUCGUGUGAUCGUGGAUGUCACUUCAAUUGGUGCACCUCCUCAUAUCUACUGCUCCAGAGUUAACCAUGACACUUGAGCGAAGUCUUUAAUUUCAGGGCAUUCCGUAUAGAGAGACAUGCAGCACUACUUGUGUGUGUGUGUGUGUGUGUGCUUGAGGAAAUCUACUUAGAAUUUUUUUAUGUUUGUUUUUUUUUUAACCAGGAAUUCUGUUUACUUGUUACUAGUUGUACUUGUGUUAAGUUUUAGAAUGGUCAAUUUAAAUUUGUUUCAGCUCUUAAUCUGUGUUCAUAUAAUUGGCUUUUUUCCCCCCUACAUGAUCCUUUCUAGUAUAUACUAACUUGCAUAGAAUUUCCUUUGACUGAGAAUUUUAGGCGAACGAGCAGUUGGACCAAAAGAUGCACAUUAAAGAUCUAAAAUCAGAUCAGAUUAUCAGAUUAAAGCUCCUGAUUUUUAAUUACUAUACAGAUAUCAGAACGCUAAACAGCUGGAAGGUUUUCAGUACUGACCUCUUUGCUCAUUAAUAACUGCAAAAGACACUACUUUUGCUAAUAUUUUCUUCUGCUAAUGAUUUGCUUAAGACCUAUUGAUCCUAAAGGAACUUUGCAUAAAAAGAAAAUAUGACCUAUGAUCAGGUUAUUGUGCCGUGCGAUGGAUUGGCACAAUGUCCAGGGUGUACCCCAUCUUGUGCCCCAUGCUCCCUCAGAUAGGCUCCAGGUUCCCCGUGACCCUGUAGAAUAAGCGGUAUAGAAAAUGGAUGGAUGGAUCAGGUUUUCAAGUACAGCGAGUCUACUUUGAUGCCGAUCGAGCGUUUCAGGUUGAUUUCAGUCAGAUGAUAAUACUCAGUACUGGAUCUAAUGCAUCUCUAAUUUACUUGCAUCAUUUUCAUUUUGUAUGUAUCAUUUUGCUUUUCAUUGGUUUAUGCAAAAAUGCUUCUUGUGAAUGUGUAAAGAAGCAUUAAGUUUCUUUUUGGUGAUAUGUAUAUAUUGUAUAGGUUUUGCACUAAACAUAAACUUAAGUGAUUUAAAUAAAGUGGUUUAUCAAGAGUGCAGUGUUGUAAGAUAUUAACUGUUAUCAAAAUAAAAUAAAACUAUUGUAAUAUUUUA